AUGAGCACCACAGCAACAUCCACAACAUUGAAUCAUUGUGGAAAUGUUUGUACAAAUAAUAGUCUUCACCAUCAUCAUAUUAUAAAUAAUUUAAAUAAUAAUAAUAAUAAUAAUAAUAAUAAUAAUAAUAAUAAUAAUAAUAAUAAUAAUAAUAAUAAUAAUAAUAAUAAUAAUAAUAAUAAUAAUAAUAAUAAUGUUAAAAAUAAUAAUAAUAAUAAUAAUCAAAUUUGUAGCAAUAAAUUAAACUCUGAGGGUAUAAAAAUAAUUACAAUUAAAGUUGUUGGAGCAAGAAAUUUAAGAAAAAAGGAUGGUGGUAAAAUAGAUCCUUAUGUUGAAGUUAAAUAUAAAGAUAGAAUUGAAACAACUAAAAAAUUAAAAAAUACAACCGAUCCAAUUUGGAAUGAUGAAUUUAAAAUAGAAAUUAAAGAAAGUGAUAGAUUAUUAAAACCACAACCAAAUAUUAUAUUAUAUGUUUGGGAUAAUGAAAUGUUUAUAAAGAAUAAUGAUAUAGGAUUUGCAACACUUUCAUUAGAGACCAUAGCAAAAGAGAAUGUUUUUGAAAAUUGGUUAGAUCUAAAUAAUAAUAGUUCAUUUGGUAUGGUUGGUCAAAUUCAUAUAAGAGCUACAAUAACUACACCAGAUGAUAUCGAAUAUAAUAUGGAUGAAUGGUUCGUUUUAGAUUCUGUAACAAAAGGUAGAAGUGGUAGUAAUAGUAGUAACAGUAGUAGUAGUAGUAGUAGUAAUAGUAGCAAUAAUAGUUCAAAAACGUCACCCUCCUCAUCUUUUAGAGAUGUAACAAAUAUAAAUCAAAUAUUAGAUAGUCAAAAGAAAUUAUUAUCAAUAGUAACAAAUAAUUUAAAUAAUAAUAAUAAUAAUAGUAAUAAUAAUAAUAAUAAUAAUAAUAAUAAUAAUAAUAAUAAUAAUAAUAAUAAUAAUAAUAAUAAUAAUAAUAAUAAUAAUAAUAGUUUAAAUAAUAUAAAUAGUAAUUAUAAUAAUAAUUAUAAUUUCAAUAAUAAUAAUAAUAAUAUAAAUAAUAAUAUAAAAAAUAAUGGAUACUAUAAUCCAUUUCAAACGACAACGACAACAACAACAACAACUUCUUCCUCAUCUUGUAAAAGUAGUGGUUCAAGUAAUGUUUUUUACGAAAAUAAUUAUAAUUAUAAUUAUAAUUAUAAUAAUAAUAAUAAUAAUAAUAAUAAUAAUAAUUAUCAACAAACAAAUUUUGAAUUAAAUGGAUCAAUUGAUCCAGAAGUUUUAAGAAUGUUAUUAAGUGAAGGAGAAGAAGAAGAAGAUUCAAAUCGUGAUCAAGAUAUGUUAUCACAUUGUAUUAUAUGUAAAAAGAAUUUUGAAACACAACCAGAUUAUUUAUUUUUAAUGGAUGAUUGUUUACAUAAUUUUUGUAAAUCAUGUUUAAAGAAUGGUAUACUCAAUCAAAUUAAUGAUCAAAUGGAUGAAGGAUCAUCAUUGGGUCAAAUACAUUGUAUCCAUGUGGAUUGCAAUGAAAAAAUUCAAGAUACAAUGAUUCGAAUGGUAUUAAAUGAUUCAGAGUAUGAACAACUUUUAAAUAAACAAUUGGAACAAGUACUUCAUAACAAUGAUAACUUUAUUAAAUGUCCAAAUUGUCAAGAAGUUUUUGAAAGAAUUCAACAACCACCAUUAUCACCACCUUUAAUAUCUUCUGCAAAUACAACAGCUACAACUUCAGCUUCAACUUCACCAUUACCACAAUCUUUAUCAAAUUCAUUAUCAAAUUCUUCAUUUACUUCAAUAACUUCAUUAUUAUCAACUUCUUCAAAUUCAAAUUAUUCUUCAAAUUCUUUAAAUAAUAAUAAUAAUACAAAUACAACAACAACUACAACAACAACAACAACAACAACAACAACAAAUUUAAUAAAAAAAAGAAAUAAAUUAAAUUUAUUAUCACCUGAUGGUACAACAAUGAAUGAAGAAUCAGCAAGACAUAGAGAAGAAUUUAGAUUUAGAUGUACAAAUUGUACAACAGAAUUUUGUUCAGAUUGUAAAACUUCACCUUAUCAUUAUUCUUAUACUUGUGAAAAGUAUACAGAAUAUUUAAAUUCUAGAAAAUGUAGAUUUUGUUUAUCACCUAUUAAAGUAACUUUUGGAAUUAAUUUAAAACAAAGUGAAAUUUGUGAUUCUGAAGAAUGUAAAGAAAAAUUGGACAAUUGUUGUGAUAAACAAUUAUCAUGUGGUCAUUAUUGUAUUGGUGUUAAAGGUGAGAAAAAAUGUGAACCAUGUUUUGAUGUAGAUUGUGUACCAAAGGGACAUUUCAAUAAUGAUGGAUAUUGUAAUAUUUGCUUUGUUGAUUCAAUUAAAUCAGCUCCAUCAAUAAUGUUAGAUUGUGGUCAUAUGUUUCAUUAUGGUUGUAUUGAAAAACAAUUAACAAGUAAAACAGGUCCUAGAAUUACUUUUCAUCAUAUAGAUUGUCCACUAUGUAAGAAACAAAUGAAAUCUCAUCCUGCAAUUAAUCAUAUUUUAGAACCAAUCUUAAAGAAUAAAGCAAUCAUUCAAUCAAAAGCAAUGGAAAGAUUAUCAUAUGAAGGUUUAGCAAAAUGUAAAGAGAUUCAAGAUAAAAACUCAAAGUGGUAUCAAGAUCCUGAAAAUUACUCAAUGGAUAGAUAUGUGUACUAUAGUUGCUUUAAAUGUAAAGGUUUUUAUUUUGCUGGUCAAGCACGUUGUGAUGAAGGUGUAGAAGGUGGUUACAAAGAUGAAGACUUAAUUUGUGGUUCUUGUAGGGGAAGUGAUGGAAAAGAAUGUAAAGUACAUGGUUGGGACUAUAUCAUAUGGAAAUGUCAGUUUUGUUGUUCAAUAGCUCAAUGGUAUUGCUGGAGCAAGACGCACUUCUGUUCCCAAUGCCACGCUAUUCAAAAUGGCGGAAAGUACCUCAACAAAAUACCCAAAACCGAAAUCCCUCGAUGUGAAGGUCCUGAUAAAUGUCCCCUUAAGGUUGAUCAUCCUCAUGUCGAAGAAUUUAUUUUAGGUUGUACUCUUUGUAAAAAUUUAAAAGAAUUUUAA